AUGGCGAUUCCGCGAGAAUCCAUGUUCCUCCCGACUAUCAAAUGCUCAUCAUGUAGUCGGGAAGUGGAAAUCUCUAUGAUGGGCGACCAUGUUUGUGCACCACCAGCGCCCGAACUGUCCCCUCCACCAGAACGAUAUGAGGCGUAUACACCAUACAGUCCAGCGUCCCCUGAGAAACCAGGUCGCAUACCUGCAUCAUUAGAUGUCAAUGCAGCCAACCAUCCUUUCAUGCGCCAGGGACAAUUGACACCAAACAGUGAGCCUCGCAGCACAUCAUCAAUUAACGAAAUGGAAUGCUUCUUUGAUGACGUUCCAACACCACAUGAGGAUGAUUUGAUCCUACCAUCGCCCCGCCCAGUCGAUCGUCCUGGGGCUUAUGGAGGCUUUGGCGAGAAGAAGCAUGGCCCGGACUUCCAGCCUCGUUCUAUCAGCCCCAACGGAGGAGCUAACACGACUUUGUUCAAAAGAAUGGAUACCAUCGCCCCGGGACCAUUCGAUACUAUUCGCAGUCCUUCGGCGCUGUCACCGUCUUUUCCCAAAGAAAUAACGGAAGGCGGCGAGAAGUCAGAUGACUUCCUGAGUGCAUCACCAAAGGAUUAUUUCAAUUCCCACAGGUCUGCAUCUCCAACAGAUAACAGCAACAGUAGUCCCUCCGCCCCCCCUCAAAGACCGACACGAGAUGAUUACGAAGGUUUUGGCCGUCCUUCGACAGCUGAAGCGAGACUCCAGCCUCAGCCUUUGGGAAUGAUGAACCGCUCCGACACAUUUCCCAAGCUGGCUGUUCGAUCGGAGCCCCCCUUACGAACUCCUUCUGCACCUGGUACCAAGCCUGAGCGCAAGGCAGUAAGUGGCCCUGGACAUGCAUCCAAGCCCUCAAUGGGACCUGAUACUUCGCGAGCCCCGCCGCCGCGUAAAAGUCUUCUGCAUCCCUCAAGAUCUAGCAAGUACUCAGGAUCCGUCGAUCUCGCUGCCGAGUUCGGCGUGAACAACCCCUAUCAUGCACCGUCAGACUCGACGUCUUCUGGAUUUUCCACAUUCAGUCACCAGAGCCACGGCAGUUCUCAAACUAGUCAGACAAAAUCUCAUCCCCGACGUGAUCCAUCCGAUCUCUCUGCUAUGGACGGCCUGAUGGACGACCUCGAGAGCUCAAUGGAGGCUUUGGGGAGUAAAGGUCCUCGAGCUGAAACACCUUUGCGGGCCCCGUCACGUACAAGGUCGCCUCUCGCAGAAUCGCCCCUUGAACUAUCCCCUAGAGGCGAACGAUCCAGCUCUACCACUAAAGAUGAACGUCGAAUCGAGAUCCCUCUUCAGCGAAGCGAUUCACAACCGAGACCGCUUUAUGCAACUUCGCCUCAGGAUCACAUUCAUUUCGACAGGGCCCCAGAAUUGAUGCGUGCACAUACACUCCCUCCACCUACUGCGCCUCCCGCUCGAAAGGGAUCCCAGGAUCCUGUGCGAUCUCGGGGAAAUUGCAAAGCUUGCGGCCUAACCAUCACAGGCAAAAGCAUCUCAUCUGCAGAUGGGAGAUUGACUGGCAAGUACCACAAGGCGUGCUUCGUCUGCACGACAUGCUCUGAGCCAUUCACAUCCGCUGAGUUCUAUGUUCUCAACGACAAGCCAUAUUGCGAGCACCAUUACCACAAGCUCAAUGGCAGUCUCUGUGGAAGCUGUGAGAAGGGGAUUGAAGGACAAUACCUGGAAGACGAAUUCUCCAUCAAAUAUCAUGUCGGUUGCUUCCGUUGUCUCGACUGUGGGCGAUCUCUUUCUGAGGGCUACUUUGAGGUUGACGGCAAAUCAUACUGCGAAAGAGAUGCCUGGCGCCGAGUACAACAGCCUUAUCCUCCAAUGAAGGCGCCUCCGGGGCGAUCGCCAUCCGGCUCACGACCUCCCAUGAUGGGUCUUCCUGGCCAUCCAGCCCAGCGGAUGGGACCAGGGCCAGGUAUGGGACUUCCACGACCUCCAUAUGGCAUGCCGCCCCCUGGGAACCGCCUGGCACCCGGACCUCCUGGACCUCGACCACGAAUGAACAAGCGCAACACGCGACUUGGCAUGAUGUAA